UUGGCGUCUCCGCUGAUCUUUGGCUGCAUGGGUGGAGGGGGUGACUCCUCUUGGUUCCUCCGCGCAGAGACGCUGCAGCGGAGCUCAGACACAACUUGGAAACUGCAGCGAUGCUGAGGACUUUACUGCCGCUUCAGGUUCGGCUUCCUCUGGGAAAACCCAUCAUCUGAGAAUAUUUCUGCCCACAGAGAGCUGCUGCUGAUUGCUGGCCCACAGUCCGUCUGACCGAACUUUGUUCUGGACGCAUCCACGCUGCAGGACGGAGGGAGGAGGACGAUGGGGGUCAGUAUUUCUCCCCCCUUCACUCUGCUGUGUCUCGGAUUCAUCUCCACGGUUUGGACUCUCAACCCUGAUGACCCUAACGUGUGCAGCCACUGGGAGAGCUACGCGGUCACCGUGCAGGAAUCCUAUGCCCAUCCGUUCGAUCAGGUCUACUACACCCGCUGCACUGACAUCCUCAACUGGUUUAAAUGCACAAAACACAGGAUCAGCUAUAAGACGGCCUACAGGAGAGGUGUGAGGACCAUGUACAGGAGACGCUCGCAGUGCUGCCCCGGAUUCUACGAAACUGCAGACCUCUGUGUCCCAUUGUGCACAGAAGAGUGUGUCCACGGUCGGUGCGUCUCUCCUGAUACCUGCCAGUGUGAGCCCGGCUGGGGAGGACUGGACUGCUCCAGCGGUUGUGACAGCGACUUCUGGGGCCCCCACUGCACUAAUCGCUGCCAGUGUCGCAACGGAGCAAAAUGCAACCCUAUAACAGGAGCCUGCGUCUGCACAGACGGCUACCAGGGCUGGCGCUGCGAGGAACACUGCGACCCGAACCUGUACGGCAAAGACUGCAUACAGGAGUGCCAGUGCCUCAACGGCGCCACCUGCCAACAUCAGACUGGAGAGUGCCUCUGUGCUCCCGGAUACACCGGCGUCUUCUGCGAGGAGCCUUGUCCUCCAGGUAAACAUGGCUCCUUGUGCGAGCACCGCUGCCCCUGUCAGAAUGGAGGAACAUGCCACCAUGUCACCGGAGCGUGCUCCUGCCUCCCCGGCUGGAUGGGUCCAGUGUGUGCCCAACCGUGCCCAUUCGGGUGGUUCGGCAUCAACUGUUCUGAGGAGUGCACAUGUCGUAAUGGAGGCCUGUGUGACCACAUCAGCGGUCUGUGUCAGUGCACAGCCGGCUACAUCGGAGAAAGGUGCCAUGAAGAAUGUCCAGUCGGCACAUACGGCCCACAGUGUGCUCACAAGUGUGACUGUCUGAACAGGGCCAAAUGCUACCACAUCAACGGGGCCUGCCUGUGCAACGAGGGCUUCAAGGGCCCCAGCUGCCAGGACCGGUUCUGCCCCGCAGGCCUUUACGGACUCUUAUGCGAUAAAUAUUGCCCCUGCAAGGCCGACAACACGCUCAGCUGUCACCCCCUGUCAGGGGAGUGCAGCUGUGCAGCCGGAUGGGCGGGGCUUUACUGCAACGAGACCUGCCCAGCUGGUUACUACGGCGAGGGCUGCAGAGAGCCGUGUAGCUGCGCCAACGGAGCCGACUGUGACGGCAUCACCGGAGCCUGUAUAUGUGCACCUGGAUAUAUAGGAGAUGACUGCUCCAUCAGCUGUCCUCUGGGUCUGUACGGGACCAACUGCACCUCCUCAUGCUCCUGCCACAACGAGAUCUCCUGCUUGCACAUCGACGGCUCCUGCAUCUGCAGAGAAGGCUGGCAGGGUGUGGACUGCACCAUCCCGUGCUCCAGCGGUACCUGGGGCUUUAACUGCAAUCAGACAUGUCAGUGCACCAAUGAGGCGGCCUGCGACCCAAUAAACGGAACCUGCACCUGCUCGCCGGGCUGGAGGGGGGAAUACUGUGACGUCCCGUGUCCGGAGGGAUCAUACGGGCUGGACUGCAGGGAGAGAUGUGAUUGUGUCCACGCCAAUGGCUGUGAUCCGAUGACCGGAACCUGUCGUUGUCUAGCAGGUUGGACCGGUGUCCGCUGUGACAGCAUGUGCGCUGAGGGCCUCUGGGGGCCAAACUGCUCCUAUAGCUGUACCUGUGAGAACGGAGGUUCCUGCUCCCCGGAGGAUGGUACCUGCAUGUGCGCUCCUGGAUACCGUGGCACUAACUGCAGGAGAACCUGCUCUCCUGGUUUCUACAGCCUUCGCUGCGGCCAGUCAUGUCCUCAGUGCGUCCACAGCGACGGAGCGUGCCACCAUGUCAGCGGACGCUGCAACUGUCUCUCCGGCUUCUUUGGCUCCCUCUGCAACCAAGUGUGUCCCAGUGGAAAGUACGGUAAGGCCUGCACCGAGACCUGUUUCUGCACCAACAACAGCACCUGUAACCCCAUCGACGGCUCAUGUCAGUGCUACCCUGGAUGGAUCACAGAGGACUGCUCCAAACCGUGUCCCGCAGGAUCAUGGGGCCCAGACUGCAUCCACCUGUGUAACUGUCACAAUGGAGCCGAGUGCAGCGCCACGGAUGGAGAGUGCACCUGCAGCCCGGGAUGGACCGGACUCUACUGCACACAGCGCUGUCCGUCAGGUUUCUACGGCUCUCAGUGUUCCGAGGUGUGCCGGUGCCAGAACGGCGCUGACUGUGACCACAUCACAGGGCAGUGCUCCUGCAGGACGGGUUUCAUCGGGCCCAGAUGUGAGCUCAGGUGUCCUUCAGGGACGUUUGGGUAUGGCUGCCAGCAGCUCUGUGAUUGCAUGAACAAUGCCACAUGUGACUACGUGACGGGAACCUGCUACUGCAGCAUCGGCUUCAAAGGGAUCCGCUGUGACCAGGCUGCUCUGAUGAUGGAGGAGCUGAACCCCUACACCAAGAUCAGCCCAGCGCUGGCGUCAGAGCACCAGUCGGCCGGCGCCGUCCUAGGGAUCGUUUUCCUGCUGCUGCUCAUCAUGGCCAUGCUCGUUCUGGUGGUCUGGUUCCGGUACCGUCAGAGAGAGAAAGGCCAGCAGGCCCCCAGCGUCACGUACACACCGGCCCUUCACAUCAACUCCACCGACUACUCUCUGUCAGCAGGGCUGCAGUGUGCAGGCCUGCUCUCCUCUGCAGACUCCUCUCCCAGUAACAGCUCUGCGCCCGGCUGCUUCUCCAACCCCAGCUACCACACCCUGGGUCCGUGCACGUACGCCGCGCACUACGCCAUGCCGGACAAAAAGAGCUCCGCCAAGAUGAAGCCAAAGAAGAGAUUCAGGAACAGUGCUCCGGAGUGGGGAGCGUACUGCAACCUCAGUGAUCUGGGAGCUUACUGCAUCGACCGGCACCUCAGUUACCACCUGGAGCCGCCCUGCAGAGACUACAUGAAGGGCUCGUUGUCCAGCACCUGCUCCCUGAACAGCGAGAACCCGUACGCCACUAUCAACGACCACCCAGCUCUGUGCAAACACUCGGAGAGCAGCUACGUGGAGAUGAAGUCCCCGGUGCAUCAGGAACACGUGACGCACUGCUGCUCUGCCGCCAUCAUCAGCACCACCAGCAGCAGCAACAUGCCCAUCAAGAACAUCUACGACGUGGAGCCGACUGUCAGUACCGUCCCCGGAGCCGCGCUGCUUCCUGGUUACCCCCAGAACCCGUACGAUCUUCCAAGGAAUAGCCACAUCCCGAGCCACUACGACCUGCUGCCGGUUCGGCCCAGCCCGUCCCACAGCCACCCGCUGCCCGGCAGCCCCACCAGCUCACUGCUCUGAGCCCCCAGACUGGGAUGCUCCCAGUUCCCCCACAACCAGGAACGUUUAUGGAUUCCAGAUUCAGGUGCAAGAGAACACUCUGGACUCCGGUUCUUGGAACAAACCGUUAUUUAUUUAUUCAUCACUGUGUUCGGGUUUGUGCAGCGUCCUGAUUCUGCUGCUGUUUGAUAUUUUAUCACCAUAAAAUAUCCAAACAAGCUGUUUUUGUGAGUUUCCCCUCAUGACCAGAACUUUCCACAGAGGGAAGAACGGAUGCACACAGGUGGAUCCAUUCAGGAUCGCAGAUCUGUCAAUUUUCAGGUUAAAGGACCUAAAAAUGGAUAAAAAAGGUUGUUUGAAAAUCUGCCUCACUUAGACUGAUCCUCUAUCAACACCUGGAGACUGAACAUCUGAGAUGUUUCUCCAGUGAGGAAACAUCCCGUGGACGGUAUGGUUCCGCGUCCUGUCAGGUUCUGACAGCAGGGAACUAAAGAUGACACCACAUGUACAUUUCUGCUAUUUUUACACAGUUUCAUAUUUCCUGUUAAAACAUUCAGAGAUCCCACCACGGAUCACAUUUCCUGUCUGAUUUAUGUUCUGUAGACCGAGUGAAGUAUACUUAUGAAUAUUGUGCUUUUUGUUUAUUGUGUUGAGCUGAAUUCUCUUGCAUGCCAAAGAUAUAGUUAAAAUAGUGAGAACAGCAGAUAGUUUGAUUUUUUACUGUUUUGGUUAAUUAUUGUCACGUGACUCAGUAGAAACAGCUUCGACCCGAAGAAGCUUUAUAUAAAAUCCCUUGUUUCUCUCCUUCGAGUUCUGAACCCAAACAUGAAUUAAUGUUUUCGACCGGCAGGAUUUGUUUCCAGAAACGGACGUAGGAAAAUGUUAAGAUUUCAAUCAUGCAAACGGAUCAGUGAGACUAUUCAGUCUUGCACGCUUCCCUUUUUUGAAAAGAUCUCAUGGAUUUAUUUUGAGAUUGAUGAAACCGAGUCAGCCCCUGGUUCCCAACCGGAAACAUGUGGAAAGCUCCUUUAAGUGAUGAAUGAAUCUAUGUCUCAGGUGCAGAAGUUCCAGUUGGGAAGCCAAAAGUCCUGUUGAAAGCCUGAGUUAGCCUGGUGUGCAUGAUAGGAGCAGCUGAAUGCAAAGAAAAGUGUCCUGAGGGCUCAGCCUUGAGGCACUCCAAAACUAAUGAUCAGUUAUUUGUCAAUCAUUGCUGGAAGCGUGCAAAAGUGAAGAUGUCUAAGAUUAGCUUUGGCAAGUGGCAAUAACAUGACAUGACAAUCAGAUCCAAACUGUGAUUUUCCUGUUUUAAAUCCUUCUGGUCAGUUUGUUCCGUUUUUCUUCAUCUCCGACAGAGAAAUAUUUGAAUUGAUGUAUCGACUGGAUUGUUUUCCCCAAUUCCUUACCUGAAUAAAGUCGGCGUGACUCAG